GUAACAGUACAGUGAGCAGUUGUAGUUGUUGUUGCGCCCGUUAACGGUGUGUUUGAAAUGCGCUUUAACGGCUCAUCUGACUCGUGCUCGACACAUGUGCUGCUCGAGCUGUCGGAGCCCCGGGCAGUGAUGCGGGCUCCGGUAACGGGCGCCGCGGUGUCCGGUGUGAUCCUCGCGCUGAUCGCCGCCGCGCUCAUCUGCGUGUGUCCGCGGAAACGACUGUUCAUCUUCACCGCUCCGUGUGGAGGUGUGCGGAGGCGUCUGGAGGAGUGUGAGGAGGAGAGCGACGGUGACAGCGAGAGCUGCGGCCCGCAGACUCAACCGGAUGAAGCAGACCAGUGGACGCUGAACAGAGACGUGGCUGCGUUUGCGCUGAAGGCCAGGGUGGUUUACCCCAUCAGCCAGAGAUACAGGCCGCUAGCAGACGGAGCCUCAAACCCGUCCCUGCAUGAGCCGUCCAAGCGCCCCGCCCCGCCCAGCCAUGACUCCGCCUCCUCGCUAGGUGACGAUUGGCUGAGCCAAGAGAGGGGCGAUGAUGAAAGCAGUCAGUUCGUCUCCUGCGGCCCCUCGUCUAAAACACACGCCAGUCACAUGUUCAGGAGAGUCCAGCAUUACCCACAAACCCCCUGUCACUCACGAGUCAGUUUGCUGUGUUUGACUCUGGAGGAACUGCAGCGCCAGACGUCACGCCUACAGCAGGAGAAACACACGAUGUUCCUGCAGAUUCUGCGUGUGUUGCUGGACGAGAGAGAACAUGCUGACAUCAUCCAGGAGGCGGAGCUGACGACGAGAGGAGUGUCUGUGGAUGAGGGGGCGGAGUCAGGCACGGUCAGGUGUUCUGUGCAGGAGGCGGAGCUGUUGACGAGAGGCGUGUCUGUGGACAAAGGGGCGGAGUCGGGUACGGUCAGGUGUUUGCAGGAAACGGAGCUGCUGACAAGAGGCGUCUCUGUGGACGAGGGGGCGGAGUCAGGAGUGGUCAGGUGUUCUGUGCAGGAGGCGGAGCUGCUGACAAGAGGCGUGUCUGUGGAUGAGGAGGCGGGGUCAGGCACAGUCAUGUGUUCUGUGGAGGAGGUGGACAAAGCGGGACGGGAGCAGCUGGAGCGAUCACUGCAGAUGGCUGUGAGUUUUGCAAAGCAGUUGGAGCGGCUCGGGCAGAAUCUUCAGCGCAGGUUUUCCAGUGACGUCUCAGAGGAAGUGAUGCGUAGCGUCGUCGGAUGCCUGCGAGCGACGGAGGACGUUCUCGCUGAGGUUCAGGCGUCUGUUCUGCAGAUGCUGUUGGACAGGAUGGAGUGCUGGCAGGAAGUGUCCGACUGCCUGAGAGAAAAGGCCGCCCUCCUGAAACAGGAGGCGGAGCUUAUGGUGAAAGUUACCGGCCAAUCAGUGGAGCAGCUGAGAUGUGAUGGACAGCUGGAGAAACAGAUUCUCAGUGACUUCCAGACUGCAGUUAAUGAAGCAGUGGAUCAGAGCGCUGACGCGGUCAGACGUCAGACGGAGGCGCUGGCGCUCGAGCGCGUUCAGAAGGGCUGUGUGAGGAGGAGGAGGAUGAUGAAGGCUCAGAGCUCCGAGUGGAGUCACGUGUCAGACUCACAGACAGACGCCCGUCUCAUGAUGAAGGCGUUUGCGGAGCUGCAGACGAGACACUGGCAUCAGAGGAGAGACUUCGAGCUGCAGCAGGACGCCAGAAUCACUGACGCUCUGUGUGAACGCUGGACGAGCUUGUUUAGUAAGUGCCGCGGACGCUUGGCUGAUUUGUGCGCAGAGUUUGUUCUAAGAAGCAUCGCUGCAGUCUCCGCCCCCUCUCAAGUCUCCACCCCCUCCGAAGACCACUGCCAAUCAGUGCUGAAGAGCAUGAAGCUCACCGUGACCAAUCAGAUGCAGCGAGAGGAAAGACACGCCCACACACACCUGCGCAGGCUCCGAGAGCAGCUGCAGCGACGCAGACAGGUGUGGCUGGAGGACGAGGCUUUGACUCGCUCGUGUCUGGAUCACUUCGGAGAACAGCAGCGUGCGGUCGUCAAGGCGAUGGUUUCCAGGCAUGCGGACAUGCAGAUGAGUUGUGCUCUAAUCGAGGAGCAGCAGCAGCUUCUGAUCCUGGAGCUUCAGAGAGUUUUAGCAGCUCGAUGUUUUUACCUGCGAUCAGUGAAAGAGAUGAAGCUGACCGUACAGUCCGACACACAGGACCCCUGUGUUGCCGUGGAAACCGUCCCCUCUGACGAGGCUGUGAUUGGUCAGAAUCUUCUGCACGAGCAGCUGUCAGAGCUGGAGGCGGUGGCUGACAUGCUGCAGGGACACGCCCACUUCCUGCUUGGCCACGCCCUCGCCCGUGCCGCACGCCUGCAGAUCGGCGGUGUGUCUGCUGCAGACCGUCAGGUGAAGGAGCGGCUGAUCGACGCCGUGUGUGAAAGCGUCCAUGUGACGCGGGAUUCAGUUCAGUCUCUGAUCCGUGAAUAUUACUGUGGGAUCCGGAGCACGAGCCUGACGCCACACAGCAGCGCAGCCGAGGAUACAAACACACAGACAGAGAAGACGGACUGCACUAGAGCUCUACAGACACAACUCAACAACUGGGCCAGAAAACCCACAUCUACUGAAUUACAUCACAGCCUCUCUUGUGUGUUCAGGGUUGUGGAGCUGAAGAAGGCGUGUCUGACGGAGUUUCAGAAAGAUCUUAACUGUCCAAUGAAAACACACAACUACAGACAACUCAGAGAUGAAGAGGAGGCGUUCAUGCGUCGGGUGGCGUCUUUAGCACGAGUGUCUCUCAGCUGUCUGAACAAGGAUGAUUUUACAGAAAGCUUGGGCUGAUGACCAUCAGAGACCAUCAGAGACCGUGAUCCUCGUCCUCUCGACUGAUUCGGUCUUCAGCUGAACGUCCAGCAGAACGAUGCAGAACGCAGCGCUUAAAGUCAAUCUCAAUUACACACUGUUUUAAAGUACAAGCAAUAGGAAGGAAAAUGGAAAAAUACACAAUGAUUUUUCUUAUUUAAUCCAACAUGUCUGCGUGUUUUAUGUGUGUUGCACACUGUUGGUGUUCAUGUCUGGUUUGAUAUAAUAUAAUAUAAUAUAAUAAUAUAACAACUUCAAUCAUGAUUCAUCAGUUGUUUAUCUCACUUGUCCUCUUAUAAACAAAUAAUUUUAAAACUUUAAGUCUGAAUUUAAUCAAUUAUUAUGUUUGAUUUCUGGCAUAUUUUCUGAUGAUACUGAAUAUAGACACUGGGAAUGUUAUAAAUACAAGACCAGACCUGUUGCUAUUAAGAGAAGCAAAGAUUGCUAAAAAUCCAAAGAUAUCUGAAUUGUUAAAAAGGAUAAAUGGCUUGUUGCACAGAUUCUAAAAAUAUAAAUCAGCCUUUUAUGAUGAUUUUUAUAGCUGUGAAUUUAAUAUGGAUCAUUGUGACCCUUCACAUCAUCUGUCCAGAUGUUCAUUUAGAGCAGUUUUCAUUCUGAUGCUGUGAUUCCUGAGGAUCUGACCAGCGCCGGACGAAUGUUUCUGCACCUUUUCUAUAAGCGAAGCUUCUUUUGUGUUGAAGAUGAAGGGCUGUUUGACUGACCCUAACUGCAGUAAGAGAAUGAUGAUGAUGAUGAUGAUGUAACUGAGUUUCUUUUGUUUUUUAUGCAAUCAAACAUACUGUGUUUGAGAGAAAAACUAAUUCUAUUGUAAUUUAACAAAAAAUAUUGCAAAUAAUGUCUUCUUGAGGCUGGUUUUAAUUACAAAAUAAAUAAACUGAUAAUGAACUCA